AUGUGUAUGAACCAGAGUCUGGCGCAACCUAUGUACGUGUUUCUGUGCAGCCUGUUUGUAAAUGAACUGUACGGCAGCACAGGCUUGUUUCCUUUGCUCCUGGUUCAGAUUCUCUCGGACAUUCACACGGUUUCUCUUCCUCUGUGUUUCCUGCAGAUCUUCUGUGUUUAUUCUUACGCUUGUGUGGAGUUUUUUAAUUUAGCCGUGAUGUCGUACGACAGAUAUCUGGCCAUCUGUUGUCCUCUGCAGUACAACACACACAUGACGCCUCAUAAAAUUGCUUUUCUCAUUGCAGUUGUGUGGUUACCUCCCUGUGCUGCAGUUUUUGUCACAACGUUUCUGACGUGGUCUCUACAGCUGUGUGGAAACAUCAUUCACAAAGUUUACUGUGAUAACUACUCCGUCAUUAAACUGGCCUGUUCUGACACCAGAGUCAAUAACAUCUAUGAACUGGUGGCUGCUUUUCUCACAGUCUGUGUUCCUGUGUCUGUGAGUCUUUAUUUCUACGUGAGGAUUUUAACAGUUUGUUUCUCUGGUUGUAAACAGACGAGACAAAAAGCCGUCAGCACCUGCACCCCCCACCUCCUCUCUCUGCUCAACUUCUCCUGCGGGGUUUGUUUCGAAGUAUUACAGAGCAGGUUCGAUAUGAGCACUUUACCUCUUGUGAUGAGAAUAUUUUUAUCCUUGUACUUUCUCACAUGUCAGCCGCUCUUCAACUCCAUCAUGUACGGUCUGAACAUGUCCAAAAUACGCCUCCUAUGUAAAAGUCUGCUCUUAAGAUCCUCCAGCAAACGUGUUUGAAUCAAAGACAAUAAAUUCCAUCAUGUGAUGUUGU